ACGUUGGCUGGGCGCUUUAACCGGCACCUUAAAAACUUGCUCAAAUUGAACCCAGCUGCCCUGUCCUGCUUUUAUUGGCACCCCAGGCAGGUUGUGGGCAAGGGAGGGGGCUGAAAAGCUUCCUGCGGGAUGGGAGACUAAUAAAGUAUAUAUAAGUGAAUGGCGAAUGAUCUCCCGCUCUCCUGUUGACUUCCUCACUCUUGAUCCUCGCGGUUCUGUUGUUUGUAAUAAUUAAAGCUUGUUUCCUGAUACCCCACGUGAUACCCACCUCAAAUACCCAAAAAGCCGCCACCAUGAAGACCAUCGCCCUUCUUGCUGCCGCCCAGCUGGCCUCUGCCCAUUUCGGCAUCGAAUACCCAGAAUGGCGCGCAAACACACUGUCGGAGGAUAACCCGCAGUACUCGCAAUGGACCUACCCUUGCGCGGGCGUGGACGCCGACGCGGGCAACCGCACCGACUGGCCCCUGCAGGGCGGCACCCUCAAGCUUGACCUGCACCACCCGUGGACCUACGUGUUCGUGAACCUCGGCCUGGGCGACAACGUGACCAACUUCAACUACACCCUGACCCCCGAGUUCUGGAACACGACUGGCAAGGGCACUCUCUGCGUUCCCGACCUGCCCCUCCCGGCCGACCUCUCCGUCGAGGACGGCAGCAAGGCCAGCAUCCAGGUCGUGACCCUUGGAGAGAGCGGGAACGCCCUGUACAACUGCGCCGACAUCACCUUCCGAAAGAGCGCAAAGGCGCUCGUUUGCACGGCCGAUGAGAACGUCACCUACGUCGCCGUCAAGGAGCAGAACGGCGACGGCAGCAGCUCGGGCAACGGCACCGGGUCGAACUCGGGCGGGUCGAACUCGACCGGCGGUGCUGGGGACAAGAGCGCCGGGACCGUCGCCGGCGUCAACACCGUUGCCCUGGUCUCGGCCGUGGGCCUGGCCCUCGCGUUUGGGUUUGGCAUGAGCAUGUAAGCCGUGCGGGCUGUGAAGUGGGGUGGAGUUUUUGUGUGCUUUGGUGUUUAAUUUUAUUUCUUGGUGGAUUUUGGCCUCCCGGGCCCAAGUUCCUUAACCUGUACAUAUU